CAAUGUAGUUCUACUUUACAAUUGAAAUUUCACAAUCGAGCCUUAUCUUUAGGGAACUAAAGAUGAAUAUUUCUUAAUAGGAAUCGUAGUUUGAAAACAGAAAAGUUAUGGACUACACAAUUUAUGUGCUACUUCUAUUAGCCUUGGUGGGAUUCUCUGAAACACUUGAAUGCUACAGUUGCUCAAAUGUUGCUGAUAUAAAUAAAUGCAAUGUCACAAGGUCGUGUUCAGCUGGCCAGUCCUGUUACCAAAAUCUGACGGCAGGACAACAUAGUCUUGGGUGCAUUGAUAAUCAGAAUUGUGAUUCGCAUGCUGCAGUUUCUACAAUUGUUGGAAGAGAUCUUGAAUCUAGGGAAACGUCAUCGUGUUUCGAAUGCUGCUCCACCGACCGUUGUAACUCCGCCCUAUGUCUCCAUCCUAAACCAAGAGUGUGUAUGGAUGACAAAUCGGUGGACUGUGCAAGAUUGAAUUCUAUUUUUAGCAUCUGUAGUGACGUAGCACACGCUAGAAGCGUUUGUGCAAAAUUCUGUGAACUCUGUAUAGUUGACGGAAACUGGACUUUAUGGUCAACAUGGAGUAAAUGCGAUGUUACCUGUGAAAAUGGACAUCAAACUCGGACUAGAACAUGCACUAAUCCGGCACCAAAGAAUGGUGGCCUUAAUUGUGUUGGAGACGGGAUAAUGACAAAAGUUUGUAAGAAAGAACAACCAUGCCCAGUUCAUGGCGGAUGGAGUGAUUGGUCACAUUGGGGUACAUGUUCAGUAACUUGUGGCAUGGGUUUGCAGCGUCGCACGAGGGCAUGCUCUAAUCCACCCCCAAGUCUGGCGGGAAAUCAUUGUUUCGGCGUUAACAUUGAAUCACAGCUGUGUAUGCCAGCUCCAUGUGCAAACGGCGGUUGGAGUUACUGGACGUCAUGGAGUUCAUGCAGUGCAACUUGUGGCGGAGGAAUUAGAACACAAACGAGGUCAUGCUCGAAUCCUUCCCCAUCACCAUACGGACAAUAUUGUGUAGGAUCAAAUGACAGAGUGGAAUCGUGUGCUAAUAAUAAUUGUGAGACGAAUCAUUGUUCGACCAGUCCAUGUGUACACGGUCAAUGUUAUGACGUCUUUCAUGAUUUUCUUUGUUACUGUGACAAUGGUUAUGAGGGACGUUACUGUAAUAUAUCAUCUGCAGUAAAUGCAUGCAAACACGGAAAAUAUGGAAUCUUAGACGACACAUGCAAGUGUUUUGAAGGGUAUAUUGGAAAGAACUGUGAUAUCGCUAACGUAACAGAUUGUUUCGAUAUACUCCAUAAAAACAUUUCGAGUAAAAGUGGAGUAUAUAACGUUGUCCUAUGGAGUACUCCUGUUGUGAAAGAAAUAUACUGUGACAUGGAGACAGACAAGGGUGGUUGGACGGUCUUCCAAAAUCGAUUCGAUGGAUCUGUUAAUUUCACCCGAAAUCUCAAAGAAUAUACAAACGGAUUUGGAAACUAUUCGGGCGAAUUUUGGCUGGGAUUAAAAUAUGUAGAAGAAAUGGCUGCAAUUGGACCAACUGAACUAAGGAUAGAUCUCACAGCGGCAGAUAACUCAAGUUUUUACGAAGUUUUUUCAAACUUCUAUCUUGGUUCAUCUCCCGGGUAUGCCCUCCAUAUAGACCGUGGAACUGGCACUUCUGGUACGAAAUAUUCCUCUUAUACUAUGACCUGA